AGUAAAUAUAUGUACCUCCCUCUAUAUUUAUAAACCGCCGAGCACCUUGCUCCGAUAUAUAGAUAGUAUAUAUAUAUAUAACGAGUAUUGCCCUGCACUGCACUCGGAGUUUGUGUGUAUUAUUAUUAUUAUUAUACGUGCGCGCGUGCAUAUACCGAAGCUUGUGUGUGUGCAGAUAUAGACUCGAGAGUCGAGACUGGUCGACUGGCGCGGGGCCUGCGAAUCAGCGAUUGGUGCAAGCCCGAAACAGCUUUACUCCGGCAUUAUAUGUAUGUAGCAGGUAUUAUGCGGGUGCACCGGGUAAAGUGACUGUAGCGAACAGCUGCACAUCGGCUCGCUGUCAGCCGACUGUUAUUGUUGACGCGUAAUGACGGGCAUCGGCCUUAUCGGAGCUCGCGCGGCGGUCAGAACUCAAACUCAGAAGUCGUUAAAAUUUUAAAGGUUAGGCCUCUCGAGAUUAGAGCGCAGCACUGCGCGCCGACUGCGUCAAAUCCGGAGAGCUCGUUUUUUUGUUAUCUCUUUUAAUUAACGGCCAAUCUACUCGAGUGUAACAUAGUUAAACCGUAUUCGUUGUAAGUGAUACGAGUCAGAAUUGGCGGUUGGCUAAUGCAAGUUCGACAGUUCAAAGUUGCAGUUUGGAGUCUGUACUCUAUGUGUUACGAUACAGAAACCGGCAUCAUCAAAAUUGAACUCGGCCGAGAGCCGUUAGAUGGUGCGCGGCUCUUCAUUGGCGGGAAUCGGUUGCUACAAGCUCGCACUGCCUCGCUGAUAAGCUCGUAUUCAUUUCGGUCCCAGUAAAUCGAGAUUCGAAAAAUUCGCAACGAUCAUGCAACUACGAAAAUAAAAUAGUGCAAAUACGAUUACUCGCGGACAGCCUUCGUAAAAAAAAAAGAAAACGAACAGAACUGUACCAUCAGCACGCAGUAACGUAGACCGCUGGAACGAGCCUGGAACAUGCUGUUCGAGGAAGAUUUGGUCAAGACGACCUUGAUCAGGGGCGACGAGGAGCACUGCAAGGCGUUUCUGUUCGAGGCGGCCUUUUGUUGGGCGCGUCAAGGCCUCGCCGUCUACUACUUCGCCCCGAAAGCUCUGGACUCGCUGCCGGCGAGCUUCCACCAUCGCAGCCAACUCUCGGCCAACUCGCUCAGGCUCAUCACUUUCGUGUACACCCAGGACAAUUUGGCCGCCCAACUGGUCGGUCUGCACCAGUACGCCAAGCCGGCCUCGCUCAUCCUCCUCGAGGACCUCGAGGGCUUCGGCUCGACCUCGACGCCGCGUCAUCGGGCUCAGCUCUGCGGCCUGCUGCUCAACACGGCGCUCGCCUGCGCGCGACUCACCCGCCAGAGGGUCAGCCUGUGCCUGGCCGCCUGGGGCCCCUCGCCGAGCCGGCCCGAGGUCGAGCGCUACUUCGACAACCGCUGGCAGCUGUCGAGCGAGUUCGAGUCCUCGAGCGCCGCGACUCUGCUGCGACUCAGCCAGUGCAACGGCGGACAGCAAAGUCCCAAGAGAAGCCUGUGCUUCAGCCGCCUGGACGACGCCGUGCUCGUUCUCACCGGGGCCAGCGUCCUGCUGCCUGACGACGACGACGACGUUGAUGUCGACGUCAACGACCAGAUCUCGUCUCUUUCGCAGGAAGAAUGCCGACGCAAGAUAGCCGCGUGUAGCGCUUCAAUGGAAGCCAGUGGCAGCCUGGAGGAGAAGGAGGAAGAGGAGGAGGAAGAAGGCGAGCAGCAGGAGGAGAUCGCGCCAGCUCUGUCGGCGACGGCGAUCUGCGGCAGCGACGGCGUCACCUACCCGAACCAGUGCAGUCUCGCGUCGCAGCGCUGCCUCGGCCUGGCCGUCACGAUGAGGCACCAGGGGCCGUGCCUCGACGGCGCCGAGCCCCACAGAUCCAGUAGCAGCAGCAGCCAGCAACGCCCCAAAGCGGCAACGGGAGCGGCAUUGAGCCCGUGCCUGCAAGCUCGGGCGACGUCGCGCGGAGCCUCGAGGAUCGCCUGCCGGCCCGACGGCAGCUACGCGCCGGUCCAGUGUCACCAGUCCACGGGCUACUGCUGGUGCGUGACCGCCCAGGGACGGCCCAUUCCCGACACGACGGUGCGGGAGGGUCGGCCGCGCUGCGCCGCCUGGGCCGCCAAGUCGUCGGAGACCCGAAACGGUGGUGGCCGCCAGGGCCGCAAGUCGCCCAGCUGGAAGCAGCGACGCCAGUACAACAGCGCCAGUCGGCACCGCUCGAACGCCGUCUGCGAUCGUCAGGACAAGGCUCGCUUCAACGCCAAUCUCAUCGACAACUUCAAAAUCGAGUACAGACGGAUCAACUCCAGCGCCGAAGGUCCUGGCGAGAAGAACGUCGAGCGCGUUCUCGGCUGGAAGUUCGACAGCUUGGACAAGGACGGCGAUGGCUACCUCGACCGGGCCGAGUACAAGGAACUGCGCAGGCUAGCUAAAAAGGUCGUGCGGCCCAAGAAGUGCGCCCGAACGUUCGCCCGCAGCUGCGACCUCGACCGGGACCUCAAGCUGUCCCGCCAGGAAUGGGCGGCCUGUCUCUCCAACGACUUUAGCCACGCAGUCGAUCUGGUAGCGGCACCGCAAACCUUCUGGAGAACUCAGCAGCACAAGGAUCAAGUGCUCAAGGUACAUCAUCCGUCGGCGGUGCACUCGAGGCCAACCUUCAACGACGAUCCCCCAGACACGAGCGAUGAUACGGAUGCCAACGACUGCAUAUCGGACCGACGCUCCGUCCUCGAGGAUCAACGCACCAACUCGCAGAAAAAGUUCUACAUACCGGAGUGCACGCCGGACGGCCGAUACCACAAGGUCCAGUGCUACUCGGGCUACUGCUGGUGCGUCUACCAGGACACCGGCAAACCCAUUCCCGGCACCUCGUCUCAGAACCAACAACCCAACUGCAACCCGGUGCCCGCGCCUGUGCGCCCCAUGAAAGGUUGCCCCGAGGCCAAGAAGCAGCUCUUCCUGCGCGACCUCAUGGAUCUGAUGCAAAAGAAAAUGAAGGCUUCGAGCACCGAUUCCGAUGAGGCCACCGACAACUGGCAAGCCUCGAAGGAGGAGCGCGUCGCUACUUGGCACUUCGUCAUGCUCGACAAGAACAAAAACAAGAUGCUCGAGCGAAAGGAGUGGAAGAGCUUCCGCGCGAUGGUGUCGAACUCGCGCCAGCUGCGCCGCUGUGGCAAGAAACUGCCGAGGUACUGCGACGUCAACAACGACCGGCGCAUCAGUAUGACCGAGUGGCUGAGCUGUCUGAAUGCCCAGAGGCCCGUGUCGGCCGGCGACAGGCCGACCGAGAAGGCCGCGACGUCCAAGCCCCGAAGAAUGGGCCCCAAUCCGCUCGAUCAAUUUCUCAACGACGACGAUUGAACGCCGAUUCUUCUUUCAUCCUUGAAAUCUCAUCGAAACGAGUCGUCAUUUGCCGCAGAACUUUCAGAAAAUUAUCGACAUCCAAUGAAUUAAUUGAGAUAUAUUUUAUAAACACGCAUAGAUUUAUAAAUAUUUUUACUAUUAAAUUAAUAUGUAUAGCAGACGUUUCAACCAUGUGAUAAAAACGGUCGAACAAAGUGUUAAUUAUUCAUUCAAAGUUAUACCGGUGUCGGCCGUUAGCGAUACUGUAUCUAUCUUUUUAGAAUUAUGCAUUAGUGAUUACAACUAUCAUUAUUAUUACAAUUAUUUUUAUUAUCAAUAAUAUUUUAUAAUUACUUUUAAAGAAAUGUCUACUCAUAUUCACGAUGUGUGCACGGUGAUCUCUCGCAAUCAGAACCUUGCAUUUUGCAACAAUGUUCUCGAAUGAUCAAUUUUUCUGCAGUUUUUAGUACUGUUUUUUUCUCUAUAAAUACGCUAUUCACCCUGCUGGGUGAUUGCACUCGAUAAAAAUUUCAAUAGAUAAAUUAUAUACAUAUAACUUGUGAAUAGCAUUUACAAACAAAUUUACGAUAGUACUGCAAUAUUAAUGUGCUAUUUUAUUUUUAUUCUGUUUUUCUUUUGCUGUAAUAGCUGAGAAAUAUAUCUUUAUGUUGCCAUCGUUUUUGUAGGCGCCAGUUUUCCAUUUAAACUUUGCCAGAAGAAAAUGGAUUUUUGAAUCAAAAAUCUAUAUUUUGUAUAUCGACUAUAAUGUAUUGUGGUCAAAGAGGAGAUUGCAAAUCAUAUUCAAUCAUAUCAAUUUUUUGAGUAAACUAAUUUUCCAAUUUUAAUAAGUUAAAUUAAUUUAAGGAAUUCCUGUUACACUACGUUUUUGAUACUUUUUCCGCUGUUUCAAAAAGUUAAGUUGAAAUUGUUGAAAUUAUAUAAUUAUGCGUUCAUUAUUAUUUUAAAACAACAAUAGUGUACUUGACAAUCAUAAACGAAAUGUUAACUUGACAGUAUGUAAAUAUGUUUAACAUAAUUUGUCAAAUUUUAAAAACUCUUCAAUAAGUAUUAGUAAGUAAGUCAUGCUUGUAUCAUAUUUUUAUAAAUAAUAUAAUUUAUUUUGCUAAAAGGUGCUACUUAAGAGAAAGGAGCAUACUAUGUAAUU